UCUACCGAGAUGAACCUGCUCAUACUCCUCGCUUGCAUCACCAUCGCGGCAACUGCAGACCUCACCAACUCGACCGAGAAUGCCACGUCCACCGAACCGCCGGCCAGCUCCACCAACUCAACCAAAGAGAUCCUCAAGGCCAGUGAAACAGGUGACCCGACCAAAACUGAGAUAGUCAAACAAAUCCGCCGACUAAACGAAGAUGGAUCAUACACUAUUGGCUACGAAGCCAACGAUGGGACGUUUAAAAUAGAGAGCCGAGAUGUUUUAGGAAAUGUCAAAGGAACUUUUGGAUACCUGGAUGACGAUGGAGAAAUAAAACGAGUCACUUACUCAUCCUCGGGUGAUAGUACGCCUGUUCCAGUGACAACUAAUACUACACCGACUACGCCGACGAUGGUUGUGAGAGUCAAUAAAACAGUAUCAUCAACGACUAGAAGACCUCUUGCAACUGUAGUGUAUCCGACAAGAGGCAGUGCUACAACCAGGGGAACAGUGAUACAAGCGAUACCACGGCGCAGACCAAGUUCAAUCCGAUCAUCGAUCGAAAUGUCCACCGAAAAGCAAAAUCUCGAAGAAACCACAGCUAGUUCCCAAAACCUCUAUCGAAAAGAUGACAUAAUGAAAAUUCGAGUGCAAUCAACAAAAUCAGUGCCAGUUACAGUGAAAGACGAUUUAGUUACAAAGCAGACGACUACCGCUACCCCACAAACGUUAAAACCUGUGUAUGAACAUAGCAAUGAAAAAGAACCUGAUGUUAAUAAAUCUAAUGGUAUUCGACGUCAACUAUCCGGAACUAGUUCUAAUCACCACAUGGUAAGUCUUCGGCAGUCUAUGGGAGAUGACUCAACUGAUGUUUAUGGAAGCCAUCAGUCGCAUGGAACGUUGCGUCCUUUGUUCACUACGACAACUUCACGACCGAGGCUUAUACCCUUACACUCUUUGCUAGCGGCGAGACAGAAAAUACAACAGCAGUACCAGGAUGCGCAACUGGAAGAUCAAGAAACAACGAUAGAAGCUAGUACAGGACGUGUUUUUGAGCAUGAAAACGUAGUGACGACGAAUCCAGUGCCAGUAAUUCACAUACCAGCUCAUAGACCCGUGGAAGAAAGAGUUUAUGACCCGCCAGUGUACCGCCGACCUUCGACUAUUCAGUUCCGAACGCAAGAAUACCUGAGAGACAACCCUGGAGCACCCAUUCCUAUAGGUAACCAGCGGCCCUUUCUCCAUUAUGAAUACCAGGACAAAGUAUUGGACCCUCAGUAUGUAAAAGAACAUUCUCAACCGAAAGCUUCUGAAGCGUCAGCGGUUCCAUACGAGUUAAGACCAGUUGCAAGAGUUGUUCAGAUACCAGUAGACGAGAGAGGCGUACCAAUUCAAGGUUACGAAGCAAGAUUCGUCAACCCGUACCGAAGUCAGACACUGUUCCAGAGAUACGAACCAGUCAACGACAUGCAAUCUAUCUCGGCUCCUGUAAGUACAAGAGAUUUUAAGCGCUUACUUCAUAUUUUGAUACUAAGACAGAAUCGUUUGCAAAAUUUAAUGGAUCAGUUGAUGCCCGGGCCGCCGUACCAGCCGGUUUCGUACCGCCGCGAGCCUUACCAGCCCCGCCAUUAUCAAGACGAUGACCGUUACGAUUACAGAUACGAACCACAGUAUAGGCAGGAUGUUUAUUCGAACCAAGUGCAAUACGAUGACCAGUAUGAGAGCCAGAGAUAUGUCCCUCGGCGAAGAUAUACCCGUCCUUACGACUCGCAGAGUUCGGCUUCCAACCAUAUCGAUGAAAUACCCGAAUAUCUUCCCGUUGAGGUGAGGGAAGCUUUGCUCCUGAAGAUGCUUCUACUGGCCAUCAGCCCUGACUUCGUACCUACUCCUGCACCGGCUACUGAACUCACAACCGCAGCACCACCAAGGAAACAGGUGAGAAACGUUCAAAUACUCGGAGAAGAAGGUUCUACAAAUACAAAAGCGACGCAAACUAGGCCCUAG